UAGUGCUGACUGCCAAUUUACUCUUCUUGUUUGGUUUGCUGAUUACUGAGUUAGGGAAUCUCUGAUUCAAGCUUUAAUUCCCAUCCCCUAUAAAGAAAAAAUCUCUUCUUCCUUUCUAAAGCUCUAAAAUUUCUUCCACUUUCUUUUCAUUACUUUAUUUACCCAGUUUCAAUCUCCCAAAUCCUAAUCGUUGACGACAAUGGAAGUCGUUGCUUCUGCUCCGGGAAAGGUUUUGAUGACUGGGGGAUAUUUAAUUUUGGAGAGACCAAAUGCUGGGAUUGUUCUGAGUACAAAUGCACGUUUUUACGCUAUUGUUAAGCCAAUUCAUGAAGAUGUCAAGCCUGAAAGCUGGGCAUGGUCUUGGACCGAUGUCAAGCUAACAUCUCCUCAGCUUUCCAGAGAAAGCAUGUAUAAAUUGUCUCAGAAACAUUUAACACUUCAGUGUGUAUCUUCAAGUGAAUCAAGGAACCCUUUUGUAGAAAAUGCUAUUCAAUAUACUGUAGCAGCUGCACAUGCAACAUUUGACAAGAAUAAGAAAGAGGCAUUAGAUAAAGUACUUUUACAAGGUCUUGAUAUUACGAUCUUAGGUUGCAAUGACUUUUACUCAUACAGGAAUCAGAUAGAAGCCCUUGGUCUUCCGUUGACACCUGAAGCAUUGGCUACUCUACCACCUUUUACAUCAAUUACAUUCAAUUCUGAGGAAUCAAAUGGAGGAAAUUGUAAACCUGAAGUUGCAAAAACUGGAUUGGGUUCAUCUGCAGCAAUGACAACUGCCGUAGUUGCUGCUUUACUUCAUUACCUUGGUGUUGUUAACCUUUCCACCUCUUCUGCAGAUCAACACCAAGAAAAUAAGAAUUCCACAGAUCUCGAUAUCGUGCAUAUGAUAGCUCAAAGUGCCCACUGUAUUGCCCAAGGUAAAGUUGGCAGUGGCUUUGAUGUCAGUUCUGCUGUUUAUGGGAGUCAGCGCUAUGUUCGUUUUUCACCAGAAGUGCUUUCUGCUGCUCAGGCUGCAGUGAAAGGGAUGCCAUUAGAGGAAGUAAUUGGGAACAUUCUAAAUGGAAAAUGGGACCAUGACAGGACUGAAUUCUCUUUGCCACCAUUAAUGACACUUUUACUGGGAGAACCGGGAACCGGUGGAUCAUCAACACCAUCAAUGGUAGGUGCUGUUAAAAAAUGGCAGAAGGCUGAUCCUGAAAAUUCCCAAGAAACAUGGAGAAAGCUGGCCGAUGCUAAUUCAGAACUUGAGAUACAACUCAACAUGUUAAGAAAAUUAGCCAAAGAACACUGGGACGCCUAUAAAUGCGUGAUUGAUAACUGUAGUAGGCUUAAACCAGCAAAGUGGAUGGAGGGAGUGACUGAGCCGAUCAAAGCAGAAGUUGUCAAAGUAUUGCUAAAGGCAAGGGAGGUUAUGCUUGAGAUCAGAAAUCACAUGCGAACAAUGGGAGAGGCAGCAGGUGUUCCAAUAGAACCCGAAUCACAGACUAAACUUUUGGAUGCUACUAUGAAUAUGGAAGGAGUUUUGUUGGCCGGGGUUCCUGGAGCAGGUGGAUUUGAUGCAGUCUUUGCUGUUACCUUUGGUGAUUCUAGCAGGAACGUGACAAAUGCAUGGAGUUCGCACAAUGUUCUGGCCUUGUUAGUUAGGGAAGACCCUCAAGGUGUUUGCUUAGAAAGUGGCGAUCCACGAUGCCGUGAAAUCACUUCUGCAGUUUCUUCAGUCAACAUCAAGUGAGCUUUGAUUAAUUGUUUUGCGUUUGAUGAGUUAGGAAUGUCAUUUAAAGAUUUGGUGGAAAACAUGAUUUACCAGAGAAAUUAUACUGUGUUCUGGAGAUAUAAUUUAAAUGGGAAAUGAUUUCAAAUAAAAACAGAAAGCCUCCCCGUUGGAAGAA